CAUAGUAAGUACCUAAAGUGAGAACUACAAACAUUUGAAGCCACAUACCAAGAGCUUCUAUGUCACUGCUGUUUAUUGUUAGAUAUGUUAGUACUUGGUACAGCCACUUUUUUUUUUUUUUUUCUAUUUGAGAGAGGAAUAAAUGAGAAUGUGACUUGUCCAAGCAAAGUAGGGAACAUGUUUGUCAUUUUUACUAAAGUCAUCCCAUAUAAAGCAAAAGAGCAAGGUCACAAGGCCAUAUCAAACCUAUCAACCUAUAAGCUUUAGGCUUUCUUCGGCCAUGCACUCCUAGGAAGUGAAAAAUCAUUGUCAUCUUCGGAGGAAGAAGAUUUCCUUAUAAAGCAGAUCAUGCUCACCCACAACCCUGACAAAGCGAAAGAGCAAGGUCAGAAGGCCAGAUCAAACCUAUCAACCUCUAACCUUCAGGCUUUCUUUGGCCAUGACCUUCAUAGGAAGUGCUAAAUCAUCGCUAUCUUUGGAGGAGGACGAUUUCCUCAUAAAGCAGAUCGUGCUCACCCACGACCCUGAUGGUCACCACAUUGAUACUGAGCUAUUGCUUCACGCAAUGGAGACCGUCAUGUCUUAUGCUACCAUAUCUCAAGUUUUUGAUCAACAUGUUGGGGCCAUGGCCGAGAGCAAUAUAUGCAACAUUGAGGUGGUUGGAUCUGAAGAGCCACUGGGACAUACCAUCUAUAAGCUCUCAAGCGAGAUACUUUGCAAUUGCUCUGUGGGAGGGAAUACACAUGAAAGGACAAUGAAACUGUUUGAGAUGCUAGGACACUACAAAUGGGAUGCAAAAGCUGUCCUAGUGCUUUCAGCUUUUGCAACAAGCUAUGGUGAAUUCUGGCUAAUAAUGCAGCUUUACCUUUCCAACCCCUUGGCAGCAUCGGUUGCGUUGCUUAAGCAGUUGCCGAACAAUUCGAGAUUGUUUAAGCCUCGUUUUAAGUCUUUGAGCGUGUUGGUGAAAACCAUUAUAGAUGUGACAAAGUGCAUCAUCAAAUUCGAAGGAUUGCCUCUGCAACAUGUAGUCGUGGAAAAUGACGCUAUUAUGGUUGCAAAGUCUCGGAUUUAUAUCACUACUUAUUGGGUCAUUAGAAGUGCCUUGGCAUGCUCUUCUCAAAUCACAGACUUGAUAGCCCUGAAGAAUAUGCAAGUGCAUUUAAAUUCAGAAAUAAGUGCAUCAUGGGAACUCUCAAGCUUGGUGUGUAAGUUGAGCAAUAUUAGCAGUCGCCUCAAGCGGCAAGUGGAUCUUUGUUAUCAGCUGAUAGAGACAAAGAUGCAUAAAAAGCUCUUGAAUCUAUUUAAGGAGCCCCACAUUGACAAUCGAGAGGCGCUUGAUAUGUUAUUUGCUUCAAUUGAUAACUUUCCGUUGAUGGAUUGUUCCACGAAAGCGAAGAUUGGGUUGUCUGACCUAAAAAACAAGGUAGUGAUACUCUUGGUCUCAAAUCCAGAGCUGCUCCCUAUAGAAGUGUUGCUCUUGUUGGUGCAACAGAUGCACGACCACCCCCAACGGUUGACGUUAGAAGGGCGCUAUGAAGUUCUAUGGAUUCCCAUUCCAACAUUCGAUACAUGGACUUACACUGAAGAGCAGAUUUAUGAAUUCUUGUCAAAAUCCUUGCCGUGGUAUACAAUUCGCCAACCACGGUCACUACACCCGAUUAUUGUUAAAUUCAUCCAACAAGAAUGGAACUUCAAACAGGAUCCCAUAAUGGUAGUAUUGGAUAGCCAAGGUAAAAUUACAAAUUCAAAUGCUUUUGAUAUGGCAAUGGUAUGGGGUGCUAGGGCCUAUCCCUUUUCUAUUUCAAGAGAAAAUGAGCUAUGGGGAGAAGAAGCUUGGAAUUUCCAACUAUUGCUUGACAGAAUUGACCCUCUGGUUGCCAAUUGGGUAGAAGAGGACCAAAACCUUUGCGUUUACGGAAGCAACAACAUAGAUUGGACCAAAGAAUUCACCGAUAAGAUACGGGAUAUUAUAAAUUCAGGCCUUCAACUGAAGAUGGUUUAUGUUGGCAAUAAAAUUCCAAGUGAGCAAAUAAGAAGCAUUGUAGCCACCAUACGUGAUGAAAAGCUAACCGGUUCCUUAACUUUCACCAAGAUUAACUUCUUUUGGCAUCGGUUGGAUAGCAUGAGAAGAUCAAAACUCCGAUUAGGUUGCACAGACGAUAAAGAUCAGCUACUAAAACAACUGUUGGAGCUAAUGGACACCGGUGAAAAUGAAAAAGGUUGGGUACUUAUUGGGAGAGGCUCUUCUACUGAUAUGGUUAGGCUUCAAGGGAGAGAAGUCAUGGAAUGCUUGGAUCUUUUUCCAGAGUGGGGAGAAAAUGUGGCUGUUUUGGGGCUAGCAGGUGCAAUUAGAACUGCAAUUGAACCAAAACCUCUUGUAGCUGAGCCUUGCGAUCACUCUGAUAUUAUACCAUUUGUUGACGGACUCAAGGAGACUGUAACUUGCGCAAAAUGUAAGCGAACUUUGGAGAAAUUUGUCGUCUAUAAAUGCAAUGUAGUGGAGUAGGGCAUUUUCGUCGAUGUCUGUAUACAGUUAUCAACUGAUCAUGUUAAAUUUUAUUGCAUUGUAAGAUUUUACAGUUCUUUGCUAGCAAAGUGCUCUGGAUUAUUUUUUUUGUGGUCUUCAAGAUGAUGUAUAUAUGCCAUUUUCUCCAUUUUAUUCUGUGGAAUAUAGCU